AUGGGCGACUGGAGCUUUCUGGGAAGACUACUCGAGAACGCGCAGGAGCACUCCACGGUCAUCGGCAAGGUCUGGCUAACGGUGCUCUUCAUCUUCCGGAUCCUGGUGCUGGGGGCGGCGGCCGAGGAGGUGUGGGGCGAUGAGCAGGCCGACUUCACCUGCAACACGCAGCAGCCCGGCUGUGAGAACGUCUGCUACGACCGCGCCUUCCCCAUCUCGCACAUCCGCUUCUGGGCGCUGCAGAUCAUCUUCGUGUCCACCCCGACCCUCAUCUACCUGGGUCACGUGCUGCACAUCGUGCGCAUGGAAGAGAAGAAGAAAAAGAGAGAGGAGGAGCUGCUGAGGAGGAACCACGGACACCCCGGCGGCCACGGGGAGUCGCUGGCCACAACGGGCGCGCAAGACCUGCCCGCGGCCCCUGUGCGCGACGACCGCGGCAAGGUGCGCAUCGCCGGCGCGCUGCUGCGGACCUACGUCUUCAACAUCAUCUUCAAGACGUUGUUCGAGGUGGGCUUCAUCGCCGGUCAGUACUUCCUGUACGGCUUCAAGCUGCAGCCGCUGUACCGCUGCGACCGCUGGCCCUGCCCCAACACCGUGGACUGCUUCAUCUCCCGGCCCACGGAGAAGACCAUCUUCAUCAUCUUCAUGCUGGCGGUGGCGUGCGCCUCGCUCCUGCUCAACAUGCUGGAGAUCUACCACCUGGGCUGGAAGAAGCUGAAGCAGGGCGUCACCAACCACUACGUCGCGGACCCCUGCGAGGCCCUGGCCGCGCGCCCCGGGCCACCCGCCGUCACCAUCGGCUUCCCGCCCAGCUACGCGCACGCUGCCGCCGCGCUCCCGCAGGGGCCGGUGCGGGCCUCGCCCCCUGCGGGGGACUCCACGGAGGUGGCCGUGGUCGCGGAGCCCGAGAAGAGCCGGCCGCAGGCGCAGUCCAGGAAGGCGUCCCCGGGCGCGUCCAGCGCCGCGGCCCCGAGCCCCGGUGGCAGCAGCAGCAGUGCGAGCAGCCUGCCGCCCCCUCGGGAGGCCGGGCCGGGAGGCUCGGCUCCGCUGCUGCCGGGAGCAGACGCCACCGGGAGCAGCUCGGAGGAGGGGCCCUUGGGGGCGACGCCGGGAGAGGAAGAGCCGGCCGUGACCGCUGCGGCCGAGACGCACGCGCCGCCCUUGUUGUCGGCGGACGCUGGCAGGUGCAGCAAGGCCAGCAGCAGCGGUCGGGCGAGACCGAGUGACUUGGCCAUCUAG